CAGAAGCAUCUCUCAAUGCGGUCCUCCCUGUUUUCCAUCUGUGUUGCAUGUAAUUCUUUGGGGGUCCUGGUUUUCUUUUGGGAGAAGAGGGUGUCAGUGUUGAACCCGGAGCCCCUCCCGGUCUGGUAUGUAAUGCCGUUCCCAGACAGACAUCCCUACGCCCUCGAUGGAGAUGACGCCAGAGCCUGAAGGCGAUGUUUUCCCCUUGGACUGGGUGGCUGGCGAGAUGGUAACGCCGAGGCGGGGAGCAGCUCCACAGCUCAUCGCCCUCAUCCGAGCAACCGCCUGAGACGUACCGUGCCAAUUCCAAGCCUUUGCUGGGUGUCCGCUGCCUUGCUGCCAGCGGUGGGGGGCAGCCCGGGGGCUCCUCGGGGACCCACCGGCUUCCCUCCGCCAUCCUCCAAGGCGGCCUGUCCCCACGUACACGUGUCUGGGAAAGAGAAAACCAAACAAAUCUGGAAUGUCUGGAGUGGCACUACCAGCCCAGAGCUUGGCAUCACUGAGAAACGCUUUGCAGAGCCGUAUUAUCCAAGAGACACAUAGCGAGGGAGUUUGGGGAAAUGAGCACCGUGUAACCAGACAGCUAUAAACCUUCAGCUGCGGACCACUGACAGGAGUCUAUAGACCACCAGUUUGGGAAACCGCUGCUUUAAACCUCUAAAUGAUUCAACAUUUAUAAGAGUGGUCCUCCGGGAGGAAAGUCAAAUAAACAGCAGCCUAAACUGUACUCCAGAUAGCUGAAAACCAGGAGCAGGACCAAACCCAAUUAUUCACAAGAUGAUGCUGAUGUGAGUCUUUUCUCAGUAAGAAACACCAAGCAGAGACAAUUUUUCUGAAAUAGGUAGAGUGCUCUGUGAAGUGCAGUAUUGGAAAAGGAAGACGUGUACAUGCUUGGAAAACGCUGAGCUGCUCGUGAAGCUAUAGACACUGCAUGUUUAUGACUUGGUUUUCUAAGCGAUCUCCAGAGCUUGGACGGAUUACAGUGAUAUUUUAACAAGGCUGCUGGCAUCCAUCACCAGCUUUCACUUACGGAGAAAGCUAAAAGGUCGAAGAAUGUAAUUAUUUCCACGUAAGCUAAAUGCUAGUGGGUGAUUGUCGUGAGAACUUCGAUGCUUUAAACUUCUUUGUCUCCUGUAAGGCAAACAGUCCCUCUGAUGACACCACGAAUCUGGGAAUGAAGAACUUCUCAGAGCUGAUUGGAAAUGGCAUUGCGGAGCUGAAACUUAACUGGAGGAAAUAUAUCUCCUGAAGAAGAAAAUAUAAUGCACUGUAAGGAUCUGACUUCUGGUGAAAAAUUCAAGCCUAGAGAAAACUUGUCCGCUUUGUUAGGAAGAAUGGGUUGGACAAUUUUCUUCAAUUCCAAAGGAUAUCAGAAUGCCAUGCUGAGCUUAAUCUCUGCAGCAUGCUCUGUGCUUCUCAUCUCCUCCUGAUGCACUGCAUGGUUAUCCUGAAGGGGAGGAUAAAGAAACUGGCCACCAAGAUGGUAAUCACAAGUGGAAAUGAAGAAGAUAAAGGCAGUCAAGAAAAGGAAAGCAAAGAAGAAACCAUCUUGGCAAUGCUUGGAAUUAUUGGGACAAUUCUGAACCUCAUUGUGAUCAUUUUUGUGUAUAUUUACACAACGUUGUAAAGUAGAAGGCAUGCAAAUAGACCAGAUAAAACGGCCAUUAAGAGUGACUACAAACAUUGCUGGCUAUUGACAAGUUGUUUAAUCAGAAUUGACUGUGUAUUAUAUUAACACAUCAUAAAAGCACUGCCUGCAGGCAGCGAAGGCUGAAGCACAAUUAAUUUAACGAGACUUUUUCACACAGUAACAAGCUUAACUCUUCUGCCCUGCCCUCUUCCUUUCCGUUUGGUUUUAGGUUUGGGGGAAAAUGACUGCAAUUAUGUAAAUUGUAGCUUUGAAGAAAUCCACCAGGGAUAUGUUGUUUUAACACAAUUUAAAAAGAAAAAAAAAAAAAGAAAGAAAGAAACUGUACACUACAUACAACUAGAAAUGUAUACUGUAUACCCGCAAAGAUUGAACUCGAAGAUAGCUUCAUAGCACUGAUCACGCGUCCGUCAGGUCAAAUGGUUUUUUUUCUCUUGGUUUUUGCUUUUGCUUACAUUGAAUCUGACAAGCUUUUUAUUUAGAAUGAACAUAUGGUGCAAUCAUGAAAAAAACAAUUCCAUUGAGCAAGGUCUGCCUAAACCUGAUAAAAUGUUGGGAGAAAUACGUUACGUGGUUAUUUUUCCUUUCUCAUUUGCUUAACGUCUGUGUCUGUUCAUACCAAUGUUUAUAAAUAUAUAUUUUUAAUAAAUGUGCUAUAUUUUUAGCAUGAACCAAAUAUUUGGAGACACUCGUAUUCAUGCAGCUAAAUUUUGUUUGACGAAGUGCCCUUUUUGACAAUGGAUGUUAUUUUGCUCAGCAAUUAUACAGCAGUCUCGUUUGCAGCCCUCUCGCUGUGGUCUGAAGCGAGCUCACAUCGUGCUCAUAUGCAUGACUUGAAGUUGGAAUGUCAGCUGAAAAGCUUUGCUGCUUAAUACGGGAAGUAGCAAAACAUUGUAAGGUGACCUUUGGAGACUGGUUGCAGAAAGAAGGCUCUAUUUAUAGUUUAAAAAAAAAAAAAGAAAAAAGAAAAGGAAAAAAAAGCAAACGAAAGGAAUAUUGAGGCAUCUCACAAGAUAUUACAAAAUUCACAGAACUGACGGCUUUCCAAAUCUGGUCACGCUCUCUAAGUGCUUAUAUUGAGAGAAGAGAGCAGAGGUUUAUGCAGUUGAGAAGAGAAAUAUAGAGCGCCUGUAGUGAGGGGCUUAAGCGAAAUCCAGACUGUAAAUACAGAGUAUAUUUUAAAUGUGAGGAUCAUUAACCCUUUAUGCUUCUCUGAUGUGUGCUUUAACUGAGGUUGGCGCAGUGAAAUUCUCUGACUUGUGUUUUUGACAGGAAUGUACAGUGAUGAUGAUCACCGUUUUUCUUCAGAGUUCAGUACCUAUAAAUAUAUGAAGCAUUAAAAAUAUGAGACCUCAAUUUUGCCUCAAGCUGCCUAAGUACAUUGCCCAUUAACUCUGACAUAUCCUCUUAAAAAAUAGGUCAAUUAAUUCUUUACUGACUUGUGGUUUGGAUUGCGUCCUCGGAUAGACCAGGGGGAUUGCUAUUGAAGUCAGCUGGAGCUGUAAAAAGUUCGAUCCUGGAGUCUCAUUGAUUUCAGUGAUCAGUCCUGUCCUUCUGGAAUCAGCAAUGAGCAUUUCACUGGUUUCCAGGGGAUAGGACUGGUCCGAAAAAUACAGAUUUUCGUUGCAGGCUAUAAAAGCAAGCCUGGAAAACCCUGAGGGGCACCUCUCAUAAACAGAGGUGUUCAGUCUCUUGUGGUAUCUCACAUUCAAUAACAAAACCAUUAGGAGAAGGAAAAGGUCGGUAAAUAAAUUAAAAUGAAAUCCCAUACGGAGACUGAGGGAAAAAAUAGCAAAAAUAAUCUCAUGUUAAUGAAAACAUGACAGAGGUGAGAAAACGAGCAGAGAUUUGAAUGAGCAGAGAACGGCGCAGAAAGAGGGUGCUGAGCCGGGGUGGUUGAGGAAACGUUUGUGUUCGGAGGGUGCUGGUAGGGCUGAAGGUCUCAGGGUGGGGGGGCGUGAGAAACAUUCGUGGUGCAGUUCAGAGGAGCUGCGCAAGGCUGGUCUUGGUUUUUAAUUUAUUGGUAAUUCUUGGUAAUUCUACGGAAUUACCAAACUCUGCUUUUUGAUCAUCCUGAACGGAAAAAAACCCAAAAAAGGUAAAAUAUAUUUGCCUCCACUCUGCAUUUUUUUCUUCUGGUUAAACUCCUGCUGAUCACAGCACGUGGCAAUGGCAUCGCUCGUGUCCCAGGGCACCUGCACACGCUCCGGGCACCCCCCUAACUCCAGCCUGCCCCUCGCGCUGACAGGAUCCUCUCUGCAGCAGCUUCUCUUCAUCCUCUCCUCCUCCUCCUCUGCCGGCAAACACUGACGGGAUCUGCCUGAGGCUCGUACCCAUCUUCCAGAGGGGAAGCCUGGGGAGGGAUGUGUCCGAGACAAGAGAUGAGCUCUCAUGCCUGGUACUUCUUUGCCUCUCUCUGCAGCAAAUGAUAAUACCCGUCAUCUUCUUGUGGGCACGAAGAUGCUUAAUGAAUGAAAUUUCGCGGAGUACUUUUAUUAAUAUUACCAAUUAAAGCUCUGCAUUGUAAAACAACAUAUUACACCCCCACGGCCCUAAAGUAAAGUAGCAACUUCUGCUGCUCAUCAUGGUUGCGCUCCUUCCGACAUGGGCCUGCAUCUGCAAAUAGCCCAAACAUGCCUAAGCUGAACGGGUGGAUCAAAAAGCGGACGGACUCUGUCUUUACUCUGCCUUUCCCAAGAGAAGACCCCUGAGGGGAUGAGUUUCCAGGAGUGGGCCUGCUGUAGUCUCAGCGUAGGCAGAGUGGGCACUCCGGCCCUGCGCCCUCAGCAGCCGCGUGCUCUACGCUCUGCCACGGGGCUUUUAUCGCACCCUGGAAGAGGAAGAAAGGUUCAUCCCGUUCCAUAAAAAGUUUAGGACUUAAUAUUUUAAUUUUAUGGGUUUCUAUUCACGGAUAGUUCUAGAAAUAUCCUGGGGCAAGUACUUCUUAAGUAGAUUCAUUAAGUAUUCAUUUAAAUAAAAAUGAAGAGUUGCCUUCGAGGGCAAUUUCUCUGCCUUUUAUUUGGUAUUCAUGAACACUGAUAUAGGAAAAGUAUGUUUUCAAGAAUGAAGUGAAAUGUUUUAUACAAGGAUUUGAAAGCCUGCCUUCCCAGGCAGCCGCAGGCAGGCCUGCUUUCAGCUGGACGCCAGCUGGAGCCAAACUCCCCUCCUGCUUUUUUAUGUGAGCAGUUUUCAGCAUGUGCCUAUAAGAAAUAUUCGACUAGGUAACAUACAUAUCAUGGAUACCUUGUAGUCAGUAACUGCAGUAUAAAUAGUUGAAUAAAACAUCUCAUUACAGGCGCUGAAUGGUAAAUCUGUUUUGGCAAGGAAAAAAGCUGAUAGUCUCAUUUUUGGCUUGACUUGUAGGUAACGCAAAUAGUUUCCAAAGUAAAUUUUUUUUAGAUAAAAUAUUACUCCAUUAGCGACAGGAACUUUCACGUUUGCAUUUGCGUAGAAGGAAAUUAAUAUCCAAUAUCUUAAUAAGAUACAAAAACAUCACCUUUUGCUUCUGUCAACUAAGAAUAGCUUUGCAUUUUUAAAUUAUCCUCUGUAGCUUGAUGGUUUGUGUUACAGGAAUGAGAAAUAUUUUCCUGAGGUGACAGGAAGGUGACAUUCUCCCCACUAGUGUCUGGUGAGUUGUCUGGUGGGUACAGAAGACUUUCAAGAAAGAAGAAGAUAAAACUAUUUAAAUCACAUUACACGCACAACAAAGUGAGGAAAAAGAAGAAAGACGGGCUCCCGCUCUCAUCGCCGGUUCCGACAACUGCCACUGAAAAUUCAUUCUCUCCAGAAUCGCGUCUUCAUACAGGAACAUGUCUUCUGCUGCGCUGGCUGACGGGGCGGCCUUUUCAAUUAUGUACCUUUUGCUCCUUCUGCUUGCACCCCUGCAGCGGUGUGGGGCUCAUCGCACCUCCGCACAGUUUUCACGUCCCCGGCCUGGGAGCCUCUGGGAGCUGCUGCAAAGGUCUACUGUGGGGCAGUUUCAUUAUUUAUUAUUAUCCUUAUUUAUUAUAAGGACAGUCAGUAAUCAUCCUCAUGUUAUUGUCUGAUAAUCUAGGGGAUAAUUUGCUGGUUGAAUUCCCCGACACAUCCCUCCCCUGGCCCAGAGGUAAAAUUUUGAUUCAGUAGACAUCCAAAUACAAAAAAGGCUUCAGUUACACUUUGAUAAAACUUCAUUACGAAAGAUUUCUUAAGUAAAAGUGUCUUAUAUUUCCAUUUAAUCUGUGUCCUGGAGCUCACCCCAAAUGCCCCAAGGUCUCACCCACAUCGGGAGUCUCAUCGCUUCUGAGUGAGAAUUGACAUUUCAGAAUGCAUUGUGGCAGAGGACUUGGCCCAGAGAGGGGAACAGGGAUAAAAAGUAACUUGACUUAAAACUCCAGGGAGGCAGCACUGCAGAAUUUACUCAUUAAAUAGUUUGAGGUUUGGCCGGAGUACUUUGUUUCUGGCUAGCCGGUAUUUUGGAGAAAAAAUAUUGUUGUUCCUUGGAAAGUUUCUGGAAGAAAUAUGUCUAGCUGAAAGAAAGAACCUCAUUGAAAACGUUUCAGCAGCAAUUUCCAGCAGCAACCUUCCAAAGAAAACACCGAGCAGGCCUCUGAGUGACUCUGGCUGCUUCCCAAGAGUACUUUUUGGCAGCCCAGGAACACCCUGCACAUAUAUGUAAGCACCUCUUGCUUACUGAGAGGCUUUGUCUUCUUUGGAGCAGAAUGCACAGAUUUAUAAAGAUCUAAAAAUGUAAGGAAUAGUACAUUAUGCAGUCAACAACAAAAAAUAAUCCUGUUCGCCUUCAUUUCCAGCAGAUACCCUGCAGACACCCUGCAGACACCCUGCAGAACCUGCACUGCUUCCGUGCCUGGCUGUGCAUUUUGGAGGCUCUUCCCAAAGGGUCUUAUAAACCCAGCGUAGCUUUCCUUCCCCACCACUGAUCCAAGAGAAACGAAACCUGUUCAGCGUGGAAACCUCCGUGCCAGGCUGAAAUCCCACGUGCACCCGUACGCAUUUAUCUACAUAUGAACCAUCUGGUAUCCAGUAAGACCCUCCUUGUCUUAAGCAUUAGCUUUGCUUAUCGGCAUUUCACCUGGGGACUCAGAUGGGGAAUGGCAAUUUGUAGGGUUGAAAGCACCCAGUUGUUUCCAAUGAUACAACUUUCGUCCUGAAAUAUGCCCUGAAGUCCCCUGAGCGUGGCACACAGUCCUGCGUGGGUAGUCCCUCACUGGCAGAGUAUCCAUGACUGCGAGGGGGGUGGUUUUGGGCUGUAACUGGCCCCUACAGCAGAGUUUCAUACUGAAACCUAGGUCCCAAGUCGAGCUCUGUAGAGUGGAGGAACACCCUGUCUUGUUCAUAGGUGGUCCUUGUGAACCAUAGACGGUUCACAGCACUGGGAUCCCUUCUUCUGCGACCAGUACAAACUCAGUUUAGGAUGAUCUAUGCGCACUCCUGGCCCUCUUCUUGGCAGCAGAAGAGUUUGCUUCCACGUGGGUGAGGAAAACAGCUUUGGGCUUCCCUAAUCUGUGAGAAUAGGGACCAAAGUCUGUCCUGCAAGAGACAGCAGCACAAGCACCCAUUUCUUGCUGACAACAACCAGGUUACUCACCUGGAGUGCUGAUGGAGACACUUUUCCCUCCCGUCAUCCUACACAGCCUGGGAAAUGCAAGUUUAUGACGUUGUCUCUGGGUUCUCCGCAGGCUCAGUCACCAGUUAGACCCAGGCAAACUCGUUUUAUGAUGCUGAGAGGUCUUCAUAAAAGGUCUUCAGGAAUAGAUUAAAGGCACUGAUACCUUAAUAUGGCCUUGAGACCAUGAAGGUCUCACCAUAAGAAGACCCUUGGUCAUUGGCAGUCUCUGGCAGCAAAGCGCUAACGUUAGCGAGGGACACCGGAUGGGAGCCACCCUGAGCCAGAGCUUGUGCAGGGGAGGUUGGCUGCUUCCCACCGCACGUCCUUCCUUACCUUCUUGAGGAGCAGCGGUAUUAUGGUGGGCUGAUAUUGAUGGUGGGUAAAUGUAAUAAAAUGUAUGUGUGGCAGGGGAGUGAUUUUUUCACCUUUAGCUCCCGCAAAUUUAAUGGGAAAAAGUUUAUAAA